UGUGUGUGUGUGUGUGUUUGUGUGUGUGUGUGUUUGUGUGUGUGUGUGUGUGUGUGUGUGUGUGUGUAUGUGUGUGUGUGUGUGUGUGUUUGUGUGUUUGUGUUUGUGUGUACGUGCACGUGUGUGUGUGUGUGUGUGUGUGUUUGCAUGUUUGUCUGCCAAAAUUUUGGUUAAGUUUGAAGAAUGGGCACUCAGAAGAAACUCUGAGAUUAUUACACACUACAGGAUUCAACAGGAGAGCACACUUUACAGUUGACAAGCAGGACAAACAUACAUAUGGUAUGGUACUAAACUAUUACAUUAUUGAUUGGUGAGGAGGUGCUACAACGGGAUGUCUUGAUUAUAAUGUGUGGUAAUGUCAAGGUGUACCCAUGGACUGUUUAUACUGCAAGAUGGUUCAUUAUGUUACGAGUCGCUUUGUCUAUAAGAGGUCAUAGAAGUUGGGUUGUUUAAUCAUCAUUGAAAUUUAUGGAAUGCUGUCUUCUUUGGGUGCCUGCAAUGAGUUCAUGAAGGUGUUUUUACAGAAGACCAGAGAAGACACUUCUUUGUAUGACAAUGAUACACCAGCUGUUGGGUAGAAAUUUGAAGAGGAAGACUGGACUAUAGCUGCUUUGGAUGUGAGGGUGUGUGAGGAGGAGUAUAUAAGAGCAAGCUCACCAGCUCACUUCAUCAGUAUCGAGGAUAUCGGUCAUCAUCAUGUUUUCAUUUUUUGUGACAAUUCUUGUGCUCAUUCAAGUCAUUGCUACUUCUGCUGGUCAAAGUGUGUCAGAUGAGAGAAAUCAGCAGACAUGUGUGUCUGCUGGUGUACCUGGAGUACCUGGAUCACCUGGAGUUAAUGGAUCACCCGGACGAGAUGGAAUGAAAGGAGAAAAAGGAUUGAAGGGAGAGAAAGGAUUCGUUGGAGAUGUUGGUGGUAAAGGUAAUGCUGGGAAGAUAGGUCCACGAGGUCCACAAGGUCCACAAGGAAUAAGAGGAGAAACAGGCCCAGGAAGAAAGGGAGAGAAAGGAGAAGCUAUGAUGCUUAACUGGAAACAGUGUGUGUGGCAUAAACCUGAUGAUAAAGAUACUGGUCUGAUUCAGAACUGUAAUUUUAGGAAACAUGACAGCAAUUCAGCUUUACGUGUUGUGUAUGCAGGAUCUCUCAGAGUUUACUGUCGCAUAGGUGGGUGCUGUUCUCGAUGGUAUUUUACAUUCAAUGGUAACGAGUGCAGUGGACCUACAACCAUCGAAGGAGUUGUGUUUGGAGAUCCAGCUAAAGAUAAUCCUCACAGGCAUACACAGAUUGAGGGAUACUGUGAGAACAUUCCAGCAGGUCAAGUCACAAUUGGAUUCAACAUUGGAAGCUGUAAAGGACCGGCGUAUGAUGGCUAUACAGGAUGGCAUACAGUAUCUCGCAUUGUGAUUGCAGAAAUUCCUCCAUCACAAGAGUGACUGAAUUAGAGAGGCAGAACUUGUGUUCAUCCUGUUUGUGAAUGUUUAUGUAUGUUUGAGCGGACUCAAUCAAGUCUUUAGAACCAAACAAUGCAAAUAGAUUUUGUCUCCAUAUGAUCUCAUUCUGAUUGCAUGUUGUGCAUUCCUUACUUCCAGUGCUUGACAUUUAGGCUUUGUGAGGAGGUAUUGUACUAAUAAAAUAACUAUAAGUAUAAAAUUAUUAAUUAACCGUCAAACUUUGACAUUCAUACCUAGAAUA